GUGGAUUCAACUGCAUUACUUCAAUGACUAUUCAAAACACUCACAGUUUUGUCUUCUUUGUGUUAUUGGGUAUAGGGAUAUGUUCUGCAGCCAGAACACUCCUACAUUAUGAAGAGCCCGUCCAUGUUCCUGCUGUCGGCUAUGGCGCAGGCCAUGGCGGGGGCGGCGGCGGCGGUGGUGGAUCGGGUUAUGGAGGUGGUGGUGCUGCGGAUUAUGGUGGUGCUGGGGGAUAUGGUGGCGGAGGAGGUGCAGGAAGUGGUGGGGGUUAUGGAGCAGUAGGAGAACAUGGUGCUACUGGCUAUGGAGGUGGUAGUGGCGGUGGAGAAGGCGGUGGCGUUGCCUAUGGAGGUGCUGGUGGACAUGGUGGUGGCGGCGGCGGUGGUAGUGGUGGUGGAGAAGGCGGUGGCGUUGCCUAUGGAGGUGCUGGUGGACAUGGUGGUGGUGGUGGUGGCGGCAGCGGUAGUGGUGGCGGUGGUGCUUAUGGUGGUGGAGGUGCUUAUGGUGCAGGGGGUGCUGGAGGAUAUGGAAGUGGGGGUGGUGAAGGAGGUGGUGCCGGCUAUGGUGCUGGUGGGGAACAUGGAGUGGGCGGUGGUGGAGGUGGCGGUACUGGUGGUGGAGGUGGCUCUGGCUCUGGAUAUGCUGGAGAGCAUGGCAGUGGUUAUGGAGGUGGAGCUGGUGGUGGAGGUGGCUCUGGCUCUGGAUAUGCUGGAGAGCAUAGCAGUGGUUAUGGAGGUGGAGCUGGUGGUGGAGCUGGCGGCGGCUAUGGUGCUGGUGGUGAACAUGGCGGAGGCUACGGAGGAGGUGGCGGACAUGGUGGGGGUGCCGGAGGAGGUUAUGCUGCUGGAGGAGCAAGUGGAGGAGGAUAUGGUAGUGGGGGAGGGGCUGGCGGUGGAGCUGGAGGUGGAGCUAGUGGUGGCUAUGCGGGUGGUGCCGGUGGAGGAGGAGGUUCUGGUGGUGGCAGCGGCUAUGGAGGAGCACAUGGAGGUGCAUACGGAGGAGGUGGUGGGGCCGGUGAGGGUGGUGGCCAUGGGGGUUAUGUUCCUUGAGAUUCCCCUUACUACUUGUUUGUCACUAAAAACUUUACCUCUUCUUACCUAUAUUAAAUUAUUAAUAGUAUUAAAAAGGAAAAAAAAAGAAGAUAAAUGUGGGUAUAAGAGGAUUAUUAUAACUUUGAGUAUAUGAAGAAUCCCUAUUGUAUGCUCCGAAAGAUUGUAUCUAUUGAUGAUUAAUAUGGAUUCUUGUUCUUCAUGAUAUAUUUAUGAAUGUUACGUAACAUUGUGCUGCGGACAUUUGAAUAA